AACCCAUCCAAGAUUAGGACUGUGAUUGAGGUAUAUAGUAACGAGCUCAUUAGUCAUGUGUUUGUGUAAUUGUGACUGAGAUAUAGAAAGAGUGGACAAGUCACAAGCGGUUUCUUUAUAGGCUUUGGCCUUCGCUCUGACAUUUCUCUCUGAUAUUUAUACCCUUGCCUGAGUUCUCUCCGACGCCUCCCCUUUAUCAUCUCUAUAUAGCUCUCUCUUGAUGUUACUGUCAUAAAGUGAAGAAAAGGGUCAUCACAUACAUAGGAUAGCGUGUGUUUCUCCCCUUUUUCCCUUUAUCCCACCUGUGUAUUUCUGGGGUUCUGCGGAUGUAUUAGAACUCCUUUUUUCCCAUUAAAGACGAUAGAUUUAAUGCCUGGAAUGGAGAUAUAGAGGUUUGCCAAGAGGCCCACAAGGCUAGCUAAACGAAAACAACACUCUUGCCCCGUUAGCCCGUAAUAUGACCCUAAUCACUCUCUCAUGCAUCUGAUGCUCGUGGAUGUAUCCUAUCUGAAGUCCAGAUUCUUGGGCCGUUAGUGAAUCCUGAUUUGAGGUCUUGUCACACAAAAUUAGGGUGUUCGCUUAAGCAUUUUUUCUUGCUAUUCCAGCGAUUAGGACUUUUCGAGGUUGUAGGGCAUUUUCGUUUAUGCUCAUUAUUCGGAGCUCUGCUCGUUUGUAGGAUUUGGGCUUGUUUUGGAAUCACAAGCGUCUAUCUGAAUUCCGGCUUUCUGUUUGUUAACCAAUGGCCUCGGAGAAAACCUAGUCAUUUUGUUUCAGCUGGGAUUUUUAUGCAUCUCUUUUCCACAUUUCAAGGUGAUCGAGUAAGAAAAGAGCCGGCUUUCUGUAAAGUCUCUAUCUGAAAGGAAAUAGCUUUCGGUUCUAGCAGUGAGUGAUAAGGGUUCUUCAUUUCGGACUGUAAAAUUCGCAUUUUCAUCGCGAUUUAGUGCUCAAAUUCAUCCUAUCAUGAGCAGGAGAGUAAAGAGGAGGUAUGCCAAAAAGGGUAGAGACAGAGUGGGCAUUCAUGAGAUUGAUGAUGACAAACUUGGUUCGGAUGAUGGAGGUUUGCUUGACUGGACUAGGUUGCCCGAUGACACAGUAAUUCAGCUCUUCUCAUGCCUCAACUAUCGGGACCGUGCCAGCCUGUCAUCCACGUGCCGCGCUUGGCGGGCCCUCGGUAAAUCUCCGUGCUUGUGGCAGGCCCUUGAUAUCCGGGCCCAAAAAUUCGAUGCUUCGGUCGCCACUUCCCUCUCUUCCCGGUGUGAAAGCCUCCACAAAAUCCGAUUCCGUGGGCCAGAAUCGGCCAAUGCCAUCAUCAACCUUCGGGCCCGGAACUUGCGUGAGAUCAUUGGUGACAGCUGUGGUAGAUUGAAUGAUGCAUCUCUCUCCAUGCUAGCAGCCCGGCACGAGGCCCUCGAGUGCAUCACCCUCGGGCCCGAUUAUUGUGAUUGGAUCACGAGCGAAGCCAUAAGAGUGAUUGCCAUUUGCUGCCCAAGGCUCAAGAAGCUCCGGGUGUCAGGGCUCCGUAACGUGAAUGCAGUGGCAAUCAAUGCCCUUGCGAACAACUGCAGCCUCUUGACGGAUGUCGGGUUCAUUGACUGCACGAAAUUGGACGAAUAUGCCCUUGGGAAUCUCAGGUCCGUCCGAUUCCUCUCGGUGGCAGGAACAGAUAAUAUUUUGUGGGACUUAGUCUUGCAGCACUGGACGAGCCUUCCGAACCUGACUGCCCUUGAUGUUUCGGACACGGAUAUUGAUCCGUCGACUGUCACUCGUUUUAUUUCAUCCUCGGCCAGUAUGAAAGUCAUGUGCGCCCUGAAUUGCCCGUCGCUCGAGGAGGACACGAGCUUUGCCUCGAACAAGAAUCUGAAGGGAAAAGUUCUGUUGUCUGUCUUCACAGAUAUUCUCAAAGCAGUGGCUGCACUGGUCACUGAUACCCCAAAGGGUGGUGAUGGAAAUCGUUUCUUGGACUUGAGGAGAAACUCGAAAGUCGAGGAUAAAAGGGUCGACGAGAUUUUGAAUUGGCUUGAGUUUAUGAUUUCUGUUUCACUUCCUCGUGUUUGCGAGAGUAAGUUUGCUGGUUUAGAGAAUUUCUGGCUCAACCAGGGGAUAUCCUUGUUACUCGAUUUCGUGCAGAGCCAGCAGGAGGAAGUUCAAGAGAAGGCGGCCAUGGCCCUUGCAACUUUUGUAGUGAUUGAUGAUGAGAACGCAAGCAUUGACACUGUAAAGGCUGAGGCCGUUAUGAAAGAUGGCGGAAUACGCCAUCUCCUGAAUCUUGCCUGCUCGUGGAGGGAGGGGCUGCAAUCGGCUGCGGCUAAGGCUAUAGCGACCUUGUCGGUGAAUGCGAAUGUUGCUAAAGCUGUUGCAGAAGAAGGGGGCAUCAAGAUUCUUGUAAAUCUUGCUAGGUCAGUGAAUAGGUUGGUUGCUGAAGAGGCUGCUGGAGGACUUUGGAACCUUUCUGUUGGUGAAGAUCACAAGGGUGCUAUUGCAGUAGCUGGUGGAGUGAAAGCUCUGGUUGACCUUAUUUUAAAGUGGUCAGUUUCCAGUGGAGGUGAAGGAGUUUUGGAACGCGCUGCUGGGGCAUUAGCAAAUUUGGCUGCGGAUGAUAAAUGCAGCACAGAAGUUGCUUCAGCUGGUGGUGUGCAUGCCUUAGUGAAGCUGGCGAGGAAUUGCAAAUUCGAGGGAGUGCAAGAACAGGCAGCUCGAGCAUUGGCUAAUUUGGUUGCCCAUGGGGAUAGUAAUAAUAAUAAUGCUGUUGUUGGACAAGAAGCAGGAGCAGUUGAAGCCCUUGUGCAACUUACUCAUUCCCUUCAUGAUGGUGUCAGGCAAGAAGCUGCUGGUGCAUUAUGGAAUUUAUCCUUUGAUGACCGGAAUCGAGAAGCAAUUGCAGCAGCUGGUGGAGUUGAGGCUUUGGUUUCACUAGCACAUUCCUGUGCAAAUUCGUCUCAUGGGCUUCAGGAAAGAGUUGCAGGUGCUCUCUGGGGAUUAUCUGUCUCUGAAGCAAAUAGCAUCGCAAUUGGACAACAAGGAGGCGUGGCACCACUGACAGCACUGGCGAAAUCUGAUGCCGAGGACGUUCAUGAGACUGCAGCUGGGGCCCUUUGGAAUCUUUCUUUCAACCCGGGCAAUGCUCUUCGUAUCGUAGAAGAAGAAGGCGUGCCUGCCUUAGUUCAUCUUUGUUCCUCAUCUGUAUCAAAAAUGGCACGUUUCAUGUCUGCCUUGGCACUUGCCUACAUGUUUGACGGAAGAAUGGACGAAAUUGCACUUGCGGGAACAUCGACUGAGGGCGAUUCCAAAGGCGUGAACUUAGAUGGGCUUAGAAAAUUAGCUAUGAAAAACAUAGAUGCGUUCAUGAUGAGCUUUUCGGACCCUCAAGCGUUUGCUGCUGCUGCAGCCUCGUCGGCACCUGCACCGUUGGUGCAAGUAAUCGAGUCGGCCCGCAUUCAAGAAGCGGGCCAUCUCAGAUGCAGUGGGUCCGAAAUUGGAAGAUUUGUUACUAUGCUGCGUAACCCUUCCCCUACGCUGAAAGGAUGUAUAAUAGUUAUCUCCAAUUCCACAUUUGGAUUCUUGCUCCUUUCUAUCGAACCAUAUACGUUUACUGUUCCUGGUGGGAGGCAUGCCGGGCUCCACGUACAGUUACUCCAGAAUUCGGGUGCCACGCGUGUGCUGCGUGCAGCAGCAGCUUCUGCAAGUGCUCCUAUUGAAGCCAAAAUAUUUGCUCGAGUUGUGCUUCGCAACUUGGAGCAUCAUCACCAAGCCGAAUGUUCUGUCUGAACAAAGAAAAAAAGGAUGUGAAAUGUUGAAGAGUUCAUGUGGGAACUAUUUUCUGGUUAAAACUACAUCUCAUUGGUGGUUCUGCUGUGGAUUAUGUUUGAACUAUUUUUGUUUUUUCUGGUUUUAGACAAAGAUGUUUUGCUGUAAAAAAAGUUGUUGAUGAAGUCUGUUUAUUUUUUUGUUUUUCUCUUGAAGAAAGAAAGCCUCAUAGGUGGUUGUGUGCAUCUCUUUCUGAUAUAUAUAAUUUAAUUUAGGCGAUUGUUUUGAUAGAUAUCUACAUGCUGUUUUUGGUGAUGUUAUAAUUUUGUGAGCUGACAAGUAAUGUAAUGUGGACUUUUGUAGCUGCAUGUGAUAAGUUUGUCCAUGAGAAUAUACAUUGCAUUGUUA